UCUUUUCUUAAUUCUUUAAAUACAUUUAUUCUAAUUAACCCUGGUCGAUUUUUCACUUAUAAAUUCAGAUUGUAGCGAAAAGCUCUGCAAUUGCCCUUCUCUCCGAAGUUACAAUGGACGCUCUAAAUUCUUACGCAUCGUCGGCGGCGAUGGCGCAGCAAACCUGGGAGUUAGAGAACAACAUCGUGACAAUAGAUGCGCCGUCGGGGUCGACACCGGAAAACUCUGCGUCAGAUGCCAUAUUCCACUACGACGAUGCGGCACAGACGAAGUUUCAGCGGGAGAAGCCGUGGGCGAGUGACCCUCACUAUUUCAAGCGUGUGAAGAUCUCUGCUCUUGCUCUUCUCAAGAUGGUUGUUCACGCGCGUUCCGGAGGUACAAUUGAGGUCAUGGGACUCAUGCAGGGUAAGACUGAUGGCGAUGCAAUUAUUGUUAUGGACGCUUUUGCCCUCCCCGUUGAAGGCACUGAAACUAGGGUUAAUGCUCAAGCUGAUGCGUAUGAAUAUAUGGUCGAAUAUUCACAGACCAACAAGCAGGCUGGUCGUUUAGAAAAUGUGGUCGGGUGGUACCAUUCACAUCCUGGUUACGGAUGCUGGCUCUCUGGUAUUGAUGUAUCUACACAAAUGCUUAAUCAGCAAUAUCAGGAGCCCUUUCUUGCAGUUGUUAUUGAUCCAACAAGAACUGUUUCUGCUGGAAAAGUUGAGAUUGGUGCCUUUCGAACAUAUCCUGAAGGAUAUAAGCCUCCAGAUGACCCCAUCUCGGAGUACCAGACCAUUCCUUUGAACAAAAUCGAAGACUUUGGAGUACAUUGCAAGCAGUAUUAUUCAUUGGAUAUUACAUAUUUUAAGUCCUCUCUCGAUUGCCAUCUCUUGGACCUACUAUGGAACAAGUAUUGGGUGAACACACUUUCUUCAUCUCCUUUGCUUGGAAAUGGAGACUAUGUUGCUGGACAGAUAUCUGAUCUUGCUGAAAAGUUGGAGCAUGCUGAAAAUCAGCUGUCCAAUUCACGUUAUGCGUCCUUAAUGGCACCCCCUCAAAGAAAGAAGGAGGAAGAAUCUCAGCUUGCUAAGAUUACACGUGAUAGUGCUAAGAUAACUGUCGAGCAAGUUCAUGGCUUAAUGUCGCAGGUUAUUAAAGACAUUCUUUUCAAUAGUGUUGGUAAGUCAAGCAAGUCACAGACAGAACCCUCAGGUCCCGAGCCCAUGAUCGAAAGCUGAGAAGUUCAUAUACUAUCAAUCUGGAUGUAGACCAAUUUGGUGCAAUUUCUAGGUUUCUUUUUGCAGUUGACUAUAUACAUCUUUGACUCCUAUUUAUGUAGCUACAAAGAAGUGAAAGUUUACGGUGAUUGGCUUCUCUUAGAUAUCAUGACUUUUGCUGUUCAGUGUUAUGGAAGAUUUUGUCAAGUUUUUCACAAGUUCUUUUCCUUUUGUUAAUUAUAAGUUCAGUAAAUCGACAUGUUUGGUUUGGU